AUGAGUGAAAUGAAUUGCACUAAGUUAGCAAUUUUUAAUGAAAACCCAUUAAAGAAAUCUCAUUUAAAUUAAAAAAAAUAAGAAUUAGAGGUGAUAUUAAGCUCUCCUUAAUUUAAUAAAAAGCAAAUACCUUUUUGUAAACGAAUUGAAUAACUUGACUUAAGUAAGUAGGGUUUAAGUGAAAUAAAUAAAGAAAAGUUGAAUAAUAUAUGGAUUAUUAAAUUAGAUUUAUCGCAUAAUUGUAUUAGAUAAUAUGGCGAUGAAUUUAAGAUAUUAUAAAAUUUAAGAAUAUUAGAUAUAUCAAAUAAUUAUCUUAAAAUUUUACCAUUUAAUGUAUUGUUUUUGAUUUGACUUUUAGUUUAGUAAAUUUCAUCCUCAUUUAUAGAAUUUAGAUAUUUCAAAUAAUUAUCUCAGUAUUUUACCUUAAAUGCCAGAAGAACUUGUUUAAUUAAAUAUUGAAUAUAAUCAAAUACAUAUAUUCCCUUAGUUACUUAAUAAUUCGAUCUAAAUUUUGCUACUUGCAGGAAAUCCGAUUUAUGAAUUAAAAUACUACUCUUAAUUAAAAGAGUUCAGUAUUGACUGGGUUCAUUAUUUAGGUUGGAAUCAAAGGAUUUAAGGAAACUUAUUAGAAAAAUUUUAAAAUUGGUUAUCAAUAGAGCAUUAAGCUACUUUUUAGAAUAUGAUAAAACAUUUUAUAGGAGAAUUUUUUAAUUAUCAAAACUAAGAUGAAAAUGGAAAUACAAUAAUACAUUAAGCAGCUUUAAAAUAACAUUUAGGCGUAAUUUUGGGAUGCAGUAAUGUUGUUGAUAAAAAUUCAUUAAAUAAUCAGAAAUAGUCUCCAAUUUAAGUUGCAUUAUUUUCUGAUAAAUUUUAAAGUGUUAAAUGUUUAUUGUCUUUAAAUGUUAAUCUAAAUUAAGUAAAAAUAAUUAUAUUCUAGUAAAAUUUAGUUAUAAUAUCUCUAAUUAAAUAAUAGAUAAAUCUGAUGCAAGGAUUUUUGUAGCAUGGGACUGAUCCAAAUGAAUAAGAUAAAGAUGGAAAUACAGCUUUACAUUAUUUAAUGAAUAAGUGGCCAAGUUUUUAAUUUCCUGAAAAAUAUGCUGCCCUUCUUUUAUAUUAUGGGUAAAAAAUUGAUAUAAAAUUAGUGCUUGUUCUCUUAUGUUAAAUUCAUAAGGUUUUAGUCCAUUACAUAUUGGAGUAAAAAGAGGAUUUAUUUCAGCAGUUUAAUUUGCAUUAUAAUAUAAAGGAUAAUUAGAUAUUUAUGAUAGAUGUUCACAUCCUUUUGAAAUAACAUAAGUAACAGGAAUAGAUAAUUUAAGUGUUUUCGAUAUUUGCAUGCAAUAAAAUUAAAUCUAAAUGUGUUUUUUGUUAUUGUAAUAUAGCUAAUUUUACAUAAAUUGCAGACCUAAAUCUUAUUGUUGUCUUUGGAAACUUAUUUAAAAAAAUAAUAAAGAAAUUUUAUUAGAAUACUUUCAAAAGUCAAGAAAUAAGUUAAAUUAGUCAAGAAAAUAAAUAUAUUAACCAAAAAACUAAAAAACUUGUUGUUACAAUUUAAUAAAAUAAUUGAAUGCUUCAUUUAUGAAAAUUAAUUUACCUAAUUACUUUACGAUGAGUAAAUCACCUAAUUAUUAUUUUUAAAUAUAAGAAGCUCCUUUAUUGAAGGAAGGAGAUAAUGAUCAUAUAGAAUAUUCCGACAGUUCAAUUGAUUCACAUGAAGAAACAAAAGGCAUAUUACCUGUUAAUUGGAGUAGAUAUGAUUGCAAUAAUGAAAUGAAUGCUCCUAAAUUAUGCAUAGAAUCAAAUAAUAUGUCUAUUGAUAAAGAAAAUCAUAAAGGCAAUUCAAAAAUUAGAUAGAUGGCUUAAGCUUACUACAAGUAUUUAUAUAAUCAUUAUCAAUUAAAAGUGAAUAUAUAUUAAGUGAUAAUUUAUCAAAAAAAGAAGAAAUUUUAAUCAUUUUACUUAAAUUAGAUUUCUAGAUUAAUACAAUCAAUUAGAUGAAAGAUACUUCUAUUUAAGAAACGCUUAUCCAAAUUGUCUAAGAUUAUUUUAUAAAAUGUGAAAUAAUUUCUGAUUAAUAAAGCUCUAUUUAAUAAGAAUCAUUAUUUUUAAAGGAUUUAGAAAGUAUAGAAUAAGGUGUUUCAACUUGUUAAAUAAUUUUAAUGCCAUCAUCUAUAAACUAUUUAAAAUAAAGAUUUGAUUAAUGGACACUAGAAUAUUUACUUAAGUUUACUUUUAAAUUUAGUGAACAUUCUAAACUUUCUGAAAUUCACUAAUUUGAAUUAUUUUAAUUAUGA